AUGGCGCCCAGCGGCCUCCUUCCCAAGUCGGUGCUCCAGUACCUACUUGCAAACAGCGCCGCUAAAUUGACCCCGCCAAACGGGACAACCCACUUCAGCACAGCGAAAAUCCCGGAGAGCUUAAAAGCGUUGUACGAGAAGAAGGUAGAACAAAUGGAAUUGCGAAAGAAAAAGUUGGAAGAGAAAAAAAAAAAAAUGGACAAGGUUCAAAUUUCCAAGGAACGAAAAAAUAAAUUCAAGUCCUCCAAGGGGCAGCACAACGUCUUUUAG